AUGGCCAAAUGUGGAGGCUGUGGAAAGUUUAUGUCAACCACAGAAUCCAUCAGCUGCGGUAAAUGUAGGAUAAGAUACCACCGCGCAUGUGUGGGACUAUUAAAUACUGGCUCAUUGCCGACAUCCUGGCACUGUCCUGAGUGCAAAAAAAAUCUUCUGCGAGACAACGGCGCGGACACACCAGUAAGGGGAUGUGCGUCUGUGGCAGCUUUGGAAAGCAGCAUCAAUUUGAUGGACACGAGUCCAAUUAACAACACUGCUUUGGACGACACCCAGGAGCUCAAUACAGACUUUCUUAAGGCAGAGCUACGACAACUUAAGGAUGAGUUCCUGGGCAUUAUAAGGAGCGAGUUUCAAUUGCUUCGCGAUGAUCUAUCUCAACUUAGGUCCUUGGUGAAACUUAAUAAUGAUCGGCUGUGUAGCUUGGAGGAAAGGGUGGCUAUUAUUGAGAACCAAAAAGUGGUCCAGCCCGCUUCCUCAGAGGUAAAUGCUUUAAUUACACAACUGCGUAAUGAUAUAAAUGAUCGGGAUCAGGAGCUACUGGCAAAUGAUGUGCAAAUAUCAAAUAUAACUGAGGUCAGUGGUGAAAACCCUAUAAACACGGCCAUGCUGCUCGCUUCGAAGAUUGGUGUUAAGAUUAAGCCGCGCGAUAUAGUUAGCGCCGAGCGUGUUGGGGGUCGGCGGAUAGGCGCGACGCAGUCAACAGGGCCGGUGGAGACCCGCCCACGCUUCCUGGUCGUGCGCCUUGCGCGCCGCGACCUACGGGAUGAGCUGCUGGAGGCUGCGCGAGUACGUCGAGGUAUGACCACUGCUGAUCUUGAGUUGCCUGGACCGGCGACACGCUUCUAUAUAAAUGAGCGGCUAACAAAGGUAAACCGCGAGUUAUUUCGGCGAGCUCGUGAGGCCGGAGGUAGCCGUGGUUGGCAGUUCAUAUGGUCGAAAAAAGGUCGCAUUUUCGCUCGAAACAAACCCGGGGACUCUGCUUAUCAUAUCCGUUGCGAAGCUGACCUACAAGGCGUAUUUAACCUUACAGCGUCGUCAAACGGUGGCGUGGUUGCAAGCGCCUAG